UUUUUCUAAAAUUUACAUAAACAAUAUAAUUUCAAUAUAUUAGUGCUAAGUUGGUAAACGUGUACAUGUUAAGUUGGCUAAAAACAGUGGCAGAAACGGAAUUUUGUGAACAUUUAUCAAACUGAAUUGUUGUUAAAGCUUUUGUGGAAUGAAUAAAAUGAACAAGGAAGUACAUUUUUUUACCAUAAGAGUUAGAUUGACGCAUAACCUUGUAUAUAGAAUCAAUUGACGUAAGCUUCUUUAGUAAAACUGCAUAACAGAUUCUAUCAGAAACAGACAAACUGCGUGAGUUUUGAUAUUACAUAGCUCCCAAAAGUAUCUAAUUUUUUUUUUUAAAACACCGAUUUUAUAUUUCACUGUGAGUCUUAGACAAUAAACGAGUCAAAGCAAUAAUAUAAUUGGGUGUAUAAUAAUUCUAAUGAGAAACAUGUCAUUAAUUUUUUAAAAUACAUUUAGUCAUAAUAUUUCUUCAAAACGCCUAAGAAGAAUUUUAGCUUCUUUUCAUAUUAAUUAUAAAAUUAGUUGCUUUAAAUAUGGCUUUAGUGAUGAAUGACUGGCAAACCAAGAGCAAAACAUUUGCUGAGAAAUGUAGUUAUGUAUUCGAAAAAAAACUUCUUACUGACUGUGAAUUUCAUGUGGAAAGUGAAAAGAUCCAAUGCCACAAGCUGAUUUUGGCAAUGUCAAGCCCUGUAUUUCAAGCAAUGUUUUUUAAUGGAUAUAGUGAAGAAUCAGUUCCAAUUAUUAUUAGUGAUAUAAAACCAGACAUUUUUCUCCAAAUGAUUCAUUUCAUCUAUGACAUACCAAUUUAUAUUCAGUCAUACAUAAAUGCUUGUGACUUAUAUUAUGCAGCAAAGAAAUAUCUUUUGACUUUUUUAGAAAAGGAAUGCAUCAAUUAUUUAUUAGAAUAUUUGAAUCAUUCAAAUGUUCUUUAUUUAUAUGAAUUUUCCAAGUUUCAUGAUGAAAUUAAGCUUCGGAAACAAUGCAUUUUGGAAAUACAGUUGCAUACAACAGAAGUUUUGAGAAGUGUUCAUGCAAGUAAUAUGUCUGAAGACACAAUUUCUUCAAUUUUAGAUCUUCAUACGCUUAACGUGCCUUCGGAAUUGACAUUAUUCAAAAUGGUAGAAGAAUGGUUUUUAUCAACUAUUGAUAUGAAAGAAUCAUCAUCGACUCAAUGGAAAGGAAAAUGCUAUGGGCUUUUGAAAAAAAUAAGAUUCCUAUCUCUUACUACAACUGAAUUUGCUGAGGGUAUAUUAACAACAAAAUUACUGACUGAUAAACAAAAAUUAGAUAUUUUGUUGAGGAUAACUAAAGUUAUGGAGACAUCAAUGGGUAAUGGCCUUUGUGAAUUGAGGCAGAAAAGGAGGCCUGUCAAUAUCAAAUCAACUAAAUUAUUAGAUAUUCAGGAUGUAAGUGAAAUAAGGUGUGAUGGCAGUGAAUGGUUAACAUCAUUGUUUAAAGUCAGUUCUCCAAUGGACCUAAUAGGAAUUGAAAUCAAAAUGCAAAGAAGAGAAGAAGGUGGACAAUAUAUAGAGAAUAUAAUCGUUAAAGUUGCUGAAGCUCAAUCCAAGUUCCAUUUCGCUGAAGGAAAUAUUUAUGGACCUGUACAUUAUAACAGUAAAGCACAAAUCUUGUUUAAUACUGUGGCUAAACUGAAGCCUGGAAAGGAUUAUGCACUGCACGUUUUUUUAUGUAAACCAGGCAUGUAUCCUAUUGGGCGACAUAAUAAAUCAUUUGGUGAAAAUAAUGAUCCUGAAAUAAUAGAUUUCAUAUCUCAUUCAUCAUGGCAAGGGGCCCAUCCUUUUAAUACAACUAUUCUGUCAUCUAUCAUCUAUACAGAUCCUGCUGAAGAAGAUGAUGAAGACACUAAAAAUCAUUUACAGAUGAAAUCCAUUUAACCUAUUGCAAUUACAUAAAAAAAUUCUAUUAUGUAUGAAUAUAUUUUAUUAUUUUUAUAUACGUUUGAAUAUAUUUUCAGU